GGCGGUGGGCCCUUCACGCGCGGGGCCAGUUCCGGGACCCGCGGGCCGGGUGGCCAGACCCUCGCCCGCCCUGGCGCCGGACCCGACGGAGGUGCCAGGCGUCCCUGGGCCCCUCCGUGCCGCGCGGCCGGACCCCCAAGAUGCUGAGGUGCCUGCACCCCUGGCGGCUGAGCGGUGGCCGGGCCGGACUGCGCCUCCUGCAGCGGCAUCUGUUCACAAUGAAGGUGCAGUCUCCCGAGUUCCAGUCGCUGUUCACGGAGGGGCUGAGGAGCCUCACGGAGUUAUUUGCCAAAGAAAACCACGAGCUGCGGAUAGCAGGCGGCGCCGUGCGGGACCUGCUGUCCGGCGUGAAGCCGCAGGACGUGGACUUCGCCACCACCGCCACGCCCGAGCAGAUGAAGGGGCUGUUCCAGGCGGCUGGCGUCCGCAUGAUCAACAACAAGGGGGAGAAGCACGGGACCGUCACAGCCAGGCUGCAGAACGAAAACUUUGAGAUCACCACCCUGCGGAUUGACGUGGUCACGGACGGAAGACACGCGGAGGUGGAGUUCACGACGGACUGGCAGCAGGACGCCGAGCGCCGAGACCUCACUGUCAACUCGAUGUUCCUGGGCUUUGAUGGUACUUUAUAUGACUACUUCAAUGGUUAUGAAGACUUAAAAAAUAAGAAAGUGCGAUUUGUUGGGCAUGCUAAAAAGAGGAUACAAGAAGAUUAUCUUAGAAUUUUAAGAUAUUUCAGGUUUUAUGGGAGGAUUGUAGACAAACCUGGUGACCAUGACCCUGAGACUUUGGAAGCAAUUGCAGAAAAUGCCAAAGGCCUGGGCGGAAUAUCAGGAGAGAGGAUUUGGGUGGAACUGAAGAAGAUUCUGGUUGGAAAUCACGUCAGUCAUUUGGUUCACCUCAUCUACGACCUGGACGUGGCUCCCUACAUAGGUUUACCUGCUAAUGCGAGUUUGGAAGAGUUUGACAAAGUCAGUAGAAAUGUUGAAGGACUUUCACCAAAGCCAAUGACGCUCUUGGCCUCGUUAUUCAAAGUGCAGGAUGAUGUCACAAAAUUGGAUUUGAGGUUGAAGAUUUCCAAAGAAGAGAAAAACCUUGGCUUGUUUCUAGUUAAAUACAGGAACGACUUAACUAAAGCAACGGAUAGCGCCGAACCACUGAAGCCCUACCAGGACUUCAUUAUAGACUCCAGGGAGCCCGACGCCGCCGCCCGCGUCUGGGAGCUGCUGAAGUACCAGGGCCAGCCCGACCUCCUGCGGGACCUGCAGCAGUGGUCCGUGCCCUCCUUCCCCGUCAGCGGCCACGACAUCAGGAAGGCGGGCAUCUCCUCCGGGAAGGAAAUCGGGGCGCUGCUGCAGCAGCUGCGGGACCAGUGGAAGAAGAGCGGUUACCAGAUGGAGAAGGACGAGCUGCUGAGUCACAUAAAGAAGAGCUGAGGCCGUGGGAGCCGCCACCAGCAGGACGUCUCGCACAGAGACGUACACUGGAAAAUAAGAGGAGGUUAGUGGGAAAGCGCACUCACAUGAUGACGCGAUGACAGGUCACAGACACCCCCUGAGGAGCCCGAGUGCAUCCUAACCCCUCCUGCUGGCUGAGAGGCUGGCACCACAGGUGCCGAGUCCACACUGAGCGGACACGGGCCCACGGCCCAGGAAGGCAAACGGCUGGAGCUCCCACGACCCCAGGGAAAUACUCAGGUUGUGCUGUCCCCUCCAGUCCUCACUGCAGGCGCCGGGUGGGACCCCAGAGCCACGCCUCCCGGCUGCCUCGCGCUGGGGGGCUUGCCCACCUUGUUCAUGAUGUCCAGUUCGCAGCGCAGCCGCUGGACAGCACUGCCGAUCUUCAGCAGCUGGAUCCUCAGCACGUCAUCGAUGGGGAGACAAGCAGCUACUCUGUAAGAAAAAUCUUGGAGGCGUGGCGGGUUUUCCCGGGUUAAACUUGGGAAGCGGUGUCUUAAAAUCCUCCUCUAGGGUUCCCAGAGGACACUUCCCCCCUGCAGCCACCAAAGCAGACCGGCUGCCCCGCGUGUCCUCUCGGGGAGGUGCACGGUGCAGCUUCCUGCCUCGCUCCUCUAAGUGCCUUCUUUAGAUUAGACACAAAGUCUGACGCGUUAGGAGUUUAUUUGCUAAGAGACCAGAAAACGGCUACACAGCGCCCGUCAGAGCACAGGGUGCCGUGUGCAGGUCGCGAGCAGGGUCCCGUCAGCCAGCUCGCCUCCAGGGGAGGGGACGGAGCAGGCGCAGCCUGGGCUGCUGGGGAGAGCCCGUGGGAAACGGGGUUCCCAGCACUUCACCUGUCAUCCCACUUCCUAAAUGCACUCGUUUUUAAAGACUCAAAGCAAAAGAAAUGUAUGUCCUUCUCGAAGCUGAUAGAAAGACUAGUUAAGAAGCCGAAUGUGUUUGGUUCCGUUCAAUAAACAUUUCCUACCUAUUGGA